AUGGCUUCCAAGUCUACCGACGUUCCCACCUACAGCCAGAUAGCCUGUGUUGGCGCCGGGUUAUCAGCUGUGGCACUGGGCGCGACGCUGCAGAGAUGGUAUGGGCUGGAGGACAUUCAGUUCUUCGAGCGACAUCCCACAAGUGGCGGAACGUGGUACAUCAACAGUUAUCCAGGUGACCGAGGAUCUGCACUCUCUCACUUCAGCAUUCAAACUAACAUACUCGUAGGAUGCGGCUGCGAUGUGCCGAGUGCUCUUUACAGUUUUUCCUUUGCCCCAAACCCCAACUGGACAAAGCUUAUGCCUUCAAACAAAGAGAUCAAAGAGUAUAUCGAUGAUGUGGUGGAUACCUAUAACCUCCUCCCGAAAAUGUCCUUCGAGACGGAAGUUGUCCGCACUGUUUGGAGAGAGGAUGCAAACCGCUGGCUUCUUUACUUGCGGGAGUUGAAGACGGGACGCGAGUAUACCCACGAAUGGCAGAUUCUCUUUGCAGCUACGGGUCAACUGGUCGAGCCGCGCCCAUGUGAGAUACCUGGUGCGUCGGAUUUCCGAGGCAGCAUAUUCCAUUCAGCACGGUGGGAUCACAGCGUCGAUCUCAAUGGAAAGAAUGUUGUGGUGAUUGGAAAUGGGUGUACUGCUGCACAAAUUGUGCCAGCUCUCGCCAACAGCGGACAAGUGAAGUCUCUCACGCAGAUUGUCCGUACAAAGCACUGGAUAUUCCCAGCCCCCAACUUUACCUAUCCCAAGGUGCUACAGUGGAUCUUCCGUUAUGUCCCACUUGCCAUGAGACUCCACAGACUCCACAUAUUUCUGGUUGCAGAGAAUGAUUUUCGCCUGUUUCCGAUGACCAAGGGUGCAGCUAGACUGCGGGAGAAGAGACGGAAACAAGUCGAGAAGUACAUGCGGGAAGCGAGCCCGCGUAAAUACCAUGAUCUGCUUAUACCAGACUUUGAUGUUGGAUGCAAGAGGCGAAUCUUCGACCCUGGCUACCUUGAAUCACUACACCAGGACAAUGUCCUUCUGACGGACGCGAAGACCGAAAGAAUAACUGAAGAAGGAAUAGAGACCGACAAAGGCUUCAUCCCAGCUGACGUGAUCGUCCUCGCUACAGGUUUCCAAACCAAUAAAUUUAUUCCGUACAUGGAUGUUGUUGGGCGGAACGGCGAGACCGUCUCUAAACACUGGGGCAGAUACGGAGGUCCUGCGGCCUACAAUUGCUCUGCACUGAAUGGAUUCCCAAACUUCUUCAUACUCCUUGGCCCUAACGCCGCGACCGGUCACACGUCCGCCAUGAUGGCUGCAGAGAACUCUAUAAACUAUGCCCUCCGUAUCCUCAAGCCAGUUCUGGAUGGUGAUGCCUCCUCUGUUGAGGUCACUGCCAAAGCUGAGCAUGAUUACGCGUACUGGGUACAGGACGCACUGAGUAAACGUGUUUGGAACGCUGGCUGUGUGUCGUGGUAUCUCAACGACCAGAAAUGGAACUCCAUGUCUUAUCCAUGGACUCAAGGCCACUAUUGGUGGAGAAGUCUAUUUCCCACAUGGUCUGACUGGACUAUCAAGUGUCUUGGUCAAGAGCUGCGAGCUCAGAAUGCGCUCAAAGUCCGUACUUCACUUGCAGUGCUGAGCUUUACCAAGACGCCCUUGUUCAGAGGAGAGACCAACCAGUCCCACUUCUUCAUGCCGCUUUUGCAUGUUGAUACGGUCGUGGACGCCAUCGUGGACACACUUGACAGUGGACUUAGCCGGACUAUUUUCCUCCCGGGUAUCUUUAGUCUUCUUGCAGGCUUGACCGGAAGACUUGUUGCUUAA